AUGUUUAUAAUGCGAACUGUAAGUAAUUCCGAAGCUGGUCUGAUGGGGGGUUGGCCUAACCCAAGGGCGCAGGGAAUAAGGCAUUACUGUCUCAUUCCUGAUGCGGCCGCGCACGGCAGGUGCCUUUUGAGCAGCACCGGGCUCUUUGGUUUUAAAAGUAUUUCGACCAUAUUGGAUAAUGCGCCGGCGGUCACAGUCAACCGUUGGGCGAUCGGAGUGUGCGGUUUUUGGGGGCAACCUUUUCUAACCCGUCCUUCCUCGGGGGAAGGCAGCAUCGCUGCUUCCAUAAAUAUGGACAUGCUGGUCGCCUGGGAGGACAGUACGACUUUACCCCCAGACCGCCCCGUCCCACGAUUGCUCGUAGUGCGGGGUCUCGCAGCUCUUGGUCUGGCUGCUCCCCUUUGGCCUUCCUGGCAUGGUUGUACCUUGUGGAACGAAGUUCCAGCCAGUGUAGCCCGCGGGAUCAUUGCAGCACUCAAGCCCGACCAUCACGUCAAGGUGGCAGCUUUAGUGUCUAUGACCAAGAACAAACCGCUCAAGCAUGUGUCCAUCCAAUGGUCCAGUCAAUUUCCCUUGACUGCGGGCCAGCUGCAACGAAAGCGAGAGGAGUUCUGGGAUACUGCACCGGCUUUUGAAGGACGCAUCGAGAUAUGGAACGCUUUGAAGGCUGCUGCAGACUUCCUUGAGCGGAAUGACUACGAGAUGGCACAAGCUAUUUUGGACGCUAUGAUACCCUCACGGUGCAUAGAUCUCAUACCACCCGAAAGAAAUAAGAGCGGAAACGCUGCCAGGCUGCCAAGCCUAGCUAGGGGCAGUCGGGAUGCUGUAAUUAGGUUCGAACCACAGACAUUCCGAGGUGUUAGUCUGCCUCCCGCUGUAAGAAAGCUUCUGACAUCGUUCAUUCUUCGUCAUCUUACGGUGUCACGCGAAACCUUGACUCGUGAGAAUCAAGCGGGAUUUCGACUGGUCACAUCUUCACAUCCCAUAUGUACAGAUGACCCACAAUCGUGGUGCUCCUUGACCUCAAGAGUGUUGUUAACUGUACUUGCUCCUCAGGAUAUGCCCCAGAAGUUUGUGAACAUAAUCCGAUCCCUAUUAUCACAUACCUUGGCGUGUGAGAGGGUAUGUUGA